UUUUGAGUUCGUGUAACUCGAUUGUGAAGUGCGUCUAUUUACCAAAGCAAUCCAAAUAUGAACGACCAAUCAAAUAUGAGUCAGAGCUACCAUGCCGGCGAGGCCAAGGGCACAGCUACGGAGAAAGCGAAUCAAAUGUCAGACAAAGCUUCGAAUGCUGCCCAAUCUGCAAAAGAAUCAAUGCAGGAGACUGGUCAGCAAAUGAAGGCCAAGGCACAAAAUGCUGCUGAUGCGGUAAAGGAUGCCACUGGAAUAAACAAGUGAAUAAGCAAAAUGAUCGUCCAUUCCACUCUCACUCUCAGCUCAAUUUUGGUGCUUCGGUUUUUCAUUACCUAUUUUUUUUUUUUUUUUUUUUGCCCUUUGGGAUUGAAUUUUAUGAUGCUCUUAAAGAGCUGAUGUUCUGUUUUUUUCUUUGACCAAAGAAGAGAGCUGUUAUGUAGUUCUCUCGCCUCUAGUCAUUCAUUUUCCAAAUAUGCUGAUGUAAUUGGAGAAUAGGAUGUACUUUCUUUGAUAAUUUUAUAUAUCUAGCACCAUUCUUUUUU